UCUUUGCCUUCUCCCAAGGCAGUCUGUCCAUAUCUCUACUUCAGCUCUUGUAAUCUUUGUUGAUUCAGAAUUUUUGUACUUUAAAAAGCUGGGAGGUUUUCCUUCCUUCCAUUUCCCACCCUUUUUUCUUUUUUUUGUUAAAUCUUUCUGAACCCACUUUGAACCUUUUGGAUACUACUCUUUUCUUUUUGAUUUCCAGCUGUCCUGUUUUUCUUCUAAUUUCUUUUGGAUUGUCCUCCAUAUUUCCUUUCCCCUUUUCUUCAUCAAAUUUUCCUCACCCUCUCCCCCAUCUACUUCUUUCUUUUCCUGUUCCUCUGGCUAUGCACCAUGCUCUCCUCUCCUACUGUGAUUCUGCAGCCCUACGGACUGCCUGUCUACCCUCAAACUGCCUCCUGCUAUCCCGGCAUUGUACAGGGGGCCCCAGCACAAGAGGCGGGGCCAGGCGGUGCUGACCCUGCCCUGUCACAGGUGUACGCCCCUCCUCCAUCCUAUCCUCCACCUGGUCAGGCCCCACCUGCCCCUCCUGGCCGACUGCCUCCUCUGGACUUCAGCCCCGCCCACCCAGGUGCUGAGUACCAGGAGCAUCACCAGCUGAGGGUGUACCAGAGCUCCCAGCAUGAAGGAGCGGAGGGUCUGGGCGCUGGCAGCACGGAUGACUCUCUGGCUCCGGUGACCUCUGACCCGCAGUCUCUCAGCGUUUCUGUGUCGUCAGGAGGCGGGGCAGGGAGCGGAGGGGAGGAGGAAGGGUCGGGCAAAGCCCAGCCCAAAAGGCUGCAUGUUUCCAACAUCCCAUUUAGGUUCCGAGACCCUGAUCUCCGGCAGAUGUUUGGGCAAUUUGGGAAGAUUUUGGAUGUGGAAAUCAUCUUCAAUGAGCGAGGAUCAAAGGGCUUUGGCUUUGUGACGUUUGAGAGUGCGAUGGAGGCAGACAGAGCCAGAGAAAAGCUUAAUGGGACAAUAGUGGAGGGCAGGAAGAUAGAGGUGAACAAUGCCACAGCAAGAGUGGUGACCAAGAAACCGCAGACUCCCCUGGUGAAUGCUUCUGGAUGGAAGAUUAAUCCAGUAAUGGGUGCAAUGUAUGCACCUGAACUGUACACAGUUGCCAGUUUUCCCUACCCUGUUGCCACGCCAACCUUGGCUUACAGAGGGUCAGCUCUCCGGGGCCGGGGACGAGCGGUGUACAACACCAUUCGCUCAGCUGCAGCAGCCACUCCUACGGCUGUCCCCACCUACCCUGGUGUGGUGUACCAAGAUGGCCUAUAUGGAGCAGAGGUCUAUGGGGGAUAUCCUGCAGCGUACCGGGUAGCUCAGUCAGCUUCUGCUGCUACAGCAGCCUACAGUGAUGGGUAUGGCAGGGUCUACGCUGCUGCUACCGAUCCUUACCACCAUUCAGUGGGACCGACUGCCACUUAUGGAGUUGGAACGGUGGCAAGUUUGUACAGAGGAGGAUACAACCGCUUCACUCCCUAUUGAGCCACCUGUAAGCUACUGUGACAUCACUUCCCUACUGGCCGAGAAGUGGGAAGAGAUCAUGGGACAGGUUUGGCAUCGAGACCAGACCAGGAAAUGAUGUCACUUUCUGUUUUGACUGCUGCCCCCAAAGACUUUGAUAACAGCUGUAAAUAUUGUCAGAAUUUUAAAAUAUUUAUUUAAGUAGAAAUUUGUUACAAAAGAGUGAUUUAAUUUAAUAUGCCUUCUUUUUUGAUCAACCAGUGUUGAUUGUGCUGCUCCAAAAUUCAUAAUACAAUUGGGGAAAUCUCAUCGAAGUAUAAACUAAAGGCUCAGAAAAUGUAUUAGUUUUACAUCGGGUCUUGUGGUGAAAUAUUCAGCCCAAGUGUUACAAGAUGUUGAAUUUUGGGAAGUAUAUCAAUAAGUGCUAUGUUAAUAAGUGCAUACCUCAGUGGCGCAAUAGACAUAGUACUACUAUAAAAUUAUAUUUUUUUAGAUUUUAUAGAAGCGUGACUGUGUCCUACAAUUGACAGUGUGUAAUUACAGUGUGCAAUAACUUGUUCAGUGGUAUUAGGGAACCUGAUGAUGUCACUAGUCCUUUUUCAAAAGUAGUGUACACUUCUUGAGUGUGUAUGUGUGUGUAAAAGUAUACUGUCAUUACGGAAUUAACAAAUGCACAAAGUGUGAGAGACAGCAACGGCACUAGUGGUGUAGACGCAAUAGCUUUUUUCCAAUGCUUCCAUGAAAAAGGUGUUGUGGGCUUGUCAACCUAGUUUUACAUUUGAAACAAUCUACCUCUGAUUUUGCUCUUUACAAAAAGAAAAAUAAUUCUCAGUCCUGGUUAUCAUUUUUAACAUAAAAUAGGACAAAAUGGUACAACAUAUUUUUGUUGCACAUUAUAAUUCUGUUCUGUCUAUAAUGGGCUUGAUUUAACAUGAAGUUUCCCUAACUUUCUAACCUAGUGCUAUAUUUCUCUGUCAUUCUUUUUCAUGGGCUUUGCAUUUCUAACUCUGCUCAACUUGCCUUUCAAUGUUCUCCUUCCUUCACUGCGUACCUUUUCAAAUGUCUGUGGUUACUGUACCUUUCACUCCAUCUUUGUAUGCUAUUCUCAACAAUCUUUGUUUGCUAUCCUGUCAAUAAAAUUCUCUUUUUUUUUUCCUCUUUUGGUCUCUUCACCUUUGUCUCUUUGUCUUCCAUCUUCUUUUAUUUCUAUUCUCAAUGUACUCUCUGCUUUUCUUGUGAAUUCUAUAUCAUCUGUAUCUAGUGCUUCCUUCCCUGUUUUCAAUGGCUUGCCAUCUACCCUUUGCUUUAGUUGCUUGGACGACCAGUCUAUACCUGUGCUCUCUGUGCCAUUUUACAUAUUUACAUGAAUUGGUAUUCAUGUGAAUAUGUAAAAUGGCACAAAGUAUAUAUAAAAUUGUUUUGGAAAAAAACUUAUUUUGUUAUUUUAACCCGGAUUCCCAGAACUAUUUAACUGGGUAGAUUAUUGAGGUCCAUAAUGAAUUUUCUACCAUAUAAUUCGAUUUUGGGGACUUGGUACAAAGAGAAGCAUCCAUUAAUGUUUUCUGGAUCAGAGACACUGAUGACAAGUCAUAUAGAAAUCAGCAAAGCUAAUUGAUUUGACCCCUAUGUAUAUUUAACAUAUAAAUAAACAUAGUUUUUUGGUGUACUUUGCCUGUUCAUAAAAGCUGUUUUAUAAUACCCUUUUAUCCUAGCUGGGGUCAAAUCCAUUUCAAUUCAGUCAACUUUGGGGAAAUUCAUUUAAAUUAGUUUCUUAAUUGGAAAAUAGAUUUUUCAAUUAAUUAACUGGAUUUUAUUUGAUUUCUGAAAUUGACUGAAAUCUGUUUCUAUUCAUUUCUUACCGUCUUUCUCUGUUCAUCUGCAUUGCCUUAUAUUGAUCUCUGCAUUACAGUGCGCAGUUUAACACAGGGCUUUAUGCUCCGCUGCUACUCUCUGCUCUCUUAUGCCGUGCUAUGCGGUGGGGUGCUUAGUGUUUGACCUGCUUGCUGCUCUCUACCGACCCUGUUCCUCUCUACCUCCUCCCAUACAUGCUCAGUAGCUGAGUUCUGCGCACUCUUUUCUCCUCUUACCUGCAGUUCCCUGUUUUUCUAGACCUGUCCUCUCCAGAUUCCUUUGCCUCCAACAGGCUGCACUGUCUGAUUCAUUAUUACAGUGCCACCAUUAGGAAAUAGAAGUUUUCUAAAAUAUGAUCCGUGUGAACCAGUAACAAAUUGGCGAUAAAAUACAAAUGAUGAACAUUCUGCUCUCCAUGUCCCAUUCUCUCUAUCUUAUUCCUGCAUGGUUUCUGUUCUAUGCUUAUUGGAUAUCAUUUUUGCUCUGUUCAUUCCAAAACAUGACUCUGAGUUUAUAUCUUUACCUUUGCUAAAUUGGCCUGCUUUUCCUCUUGUUUCUUCACUCUCCAUGCCUAUUGCAUGUUCUUAUGUGUAUAACAAUGUGUAACAUAAAAAAGUUGUUUUUUGUGUUUCAUGAAUAUUCUUUCUUUAAAAAUAUUUAAGCUGUAUGACUUGUUUCAGUCACUCCUUCUAAACAUUUUGACACAUGCAUAUCUCUAUCUGCUUGUCUCCUUCCCUAUGUUUCUGGCUCAAUGCCACUCUUCACUCUUUAACAAUACAGCUCUACAGCACUGCUGCUGCUUCACCAACUCACAUCCUGACUGUCUGAAUCUAUCUUCUUUACUGUUUUCACCAUGUUUCUCUAGUUUCUUCCUGCAUGGUACUUUCCUGCUAUUGCUUAGUAAUCUUACUGUCACAUUCUCUACCAUUAUUGCUCUAUUGAUUGAUGUACUACUUCUGUUGCCUGUUCUGAAAUAUAAUCUUUGUAUUUGCUUUCCUGCAAGCCUCUUUAUUUCUGCUUUUCUCUCUCUCUGUCUCCUUUCCGCUGUCACCUUUCCUUAUUGCCGCUGUCGUUCAUAAAAAUGGAGCAAGACACUGCUUCUACUUUCCAUUUACCAGUGAGCACUGUGGAUUUAUCAUUUGGGUUUUUGAACGAACUUUAUUAAGUUCUGAAACUUUGACAGUACAUGCUGAAUGAACGCUGUCAAUGUGUGUUUCAAAAAAAGUCAGACGUGACUGCUAAAUAGAGAUAGAAGGCUCAUGGAUCCUGCAGUUGAUGUGUUUUUUUCGCAUUUUCCUUUUCAAUACUGUGUGGUGUGCUUUACUGCCCAUGUUUCAUUCUAAGUGCCGCGUCUAUGCUGUAUUUUCUUCUCUUUCUGCUGUCCUCUUUUUUCACUUCACUGUGACCUCUGCUGCACUCUCUAUGCCACAUUAGUAAGUCUGUGCACUGUUCUGAACGAGAGAAGGAUAAAUCUCUUUCUUAUUUUUUCAUAUUUUUGUCACUCUGCUAUUCCUUCUCUCUCUAUUUGUAACUGGCAUUCAUGUAUCAGAGUACACACGUACAUCUCUAUCUGUGUGUCACUCUGUUACUGUCUGCUACUUUAACGCAGUACUUACUGCACUGCACUCUACUGAUACUGCUUACUUCUUUCUUAUUCUCCCUAUAUCCUCUCCACUAUUUUCCAUGUUCCUCACUUGUCUAUUCCUGCAUGAUUCUUUCCUGUUAUGGUACGUGUACUCUGCAACAUUCUUCCAUUUCUGUCUCAUACUUGCUUUUUAGCACUGAACAGUGUGACCAGUCUCUCUGCUUCGAUCUACCUAAUAAAGUGCAGUGUGCAAUUUAUUAGGUAUACCUGUACACCAGCAAUGUUAAUGCAAAUAUUGAAUCAGCGAGUCAUGUGGCAGCAGCUAAAUGCAUACAUGCAUGCAGAUAUGGUCAAGAGGUUCAGCUGUUUUUCAGAUCAAAUGUCAGAAUGGGGAAGAAAUUGUUUGUGCCAGACAGGGUGCUUUGAGCAUCUCAGAAACUGCUGAUCUCCUGAGAUUUUCAUGCACAACAAUCUCUAGAGUUUUAUGGAGAGUGGUGUGAGAAAAAAUAAUGAGCAGUGUCCUGUGGGACAGCACACAGUCAGGCCAUAGGAGAAUGACCAGACUGGUCAAAGCUGACAGGAAAGUAAGUAACCACAAACUACAACAGUGGUAUGCAGAAAAGCAUCUCUGAACACACAACGCAUCAAACCACUAAGUGGAUAGGCUACAGCAGCAAAAGUCUUAAAAAUAAGUAAUAAAUACCUAAUAAAGUGCUCACUGAGUAUAUAUUUCCCCACUUCACUGUACUUUCCUCUGUUUUCUACUGUCCUCUUUGGCUUUCUGCACUGUAACAUACUUUCUAUUCAUGUGCUGCAGCAAAUAUGAAAAUACUUUUAUUAGCUCAGUCCUUUUUUUUUUUGGAUUUUUAUUACUUCCCUCUCUAUUUCACUUCUCUUUCUUUCCUCUUCUACUUUCUGCCAUGUCUUAUAUUCCAACUUCCCUGUCUCCUUCCUAUUCUGUCACUCUCUCUGUACUUGGACUAAUUCUACUUCUUUCUAUAGUGUCUUUCUUUCUGUAUCUGUUCUUCUGCAUUGAUGUGUAACUGCAUACAGCACUGUGUGAAACAGUGUCUUGGUCUCUACGUUACUCUGGGCAGUUUAACACAGGGCUUUAUGCUCCACUGUGCUGAUACACUCUGCUCUCUUUGGCACUGCUAUGCACUGGGGCCUUUUGCAUUCGACGGGCUUGCUGUUGCUCUCCGCCUCUCUUUCCUCCAUGCUUAGUAAUUGAGUUAUUUUCUGGCGUUUCUCCUCUUCUGUCCUGCAGUUUCCUCCUUUCUCUCCUGGCUGUAGAAUUACACCUGUCCUCUCCAAAUGCUGUUGCUUCCCACAGGCUACACUACUUGAGAGUUUAUUUUAGGAGGAAGUGUUUUACUGAAGUGUUUUAAAAUCUAGUCCAAAAUAAGAAAUGGCAGAUUCGUAGUGGAGUGCCAAAAGUGUGCUGUUACAUCACUACAUAGAAUAUCUCAAUUAUGACUGAUCACAUUGAAUCUAUAUUGCUCUCCUGAUAUUAAAUGCUAUGAAUAGUAUCAUAAGCCUCCUAAAAUAACGUUGCAUUUUUAAAAUAUCUUAUUCUUAUUGUCUGUCUGCUUCUUCUACUUGCUGGCCUGCUUUUUCCCCCUAUUUCCACUGUCACCCCCUAUUUCCCUUCUCUACUAUUCUCUCAUUUCUACUGCCUUGCUGUUUUUUCCCCUCUGUUUGCUGCUCUCUCUCUCUCUCUCUCUCUCUCUCUCUCUCUCUCUCUCUCUCUCUCUCUCUCUCUCUCUCUCUCUCUCUCUCUCUCUCUC